CCCCGCCACUCCACCUGUUUGGUUCCCGAGAAAACUUUCUGGAAAAUGAAAAGGAAAAUCGCCUUAUACCGCCACUCCACUUCCCCUAGAAAGUUCCCUGCAGAGUAAAACAUCAGUGGCUGCUGAUUCCGAAAGAUUCAGAAUGGCACAGUUCUCAUCUCCUCAAGUAUCCCAUAAACUGAGGCUGCCACGCCCGCCGGGUGCUUGUUGCAAAGCCACGACAAUGGCUUCGUUGUCGUCCAGCGGGAAGACCGCGAUAGCUUCGCUGAAGCUCUCUCAGGGUCUUUGGGGCUCGCCGGAGCUCAAUUUGUGUCCUUUGAGACUAUUGGGGAGUGAUCCGUCUAGGAGUUUUGCCGUGGUGAGAGACAGUGCUGAGGGGACUGUAGCGGGUGAAAAUGUUGACCACAACAAGGUUGAAGACUCUUCGCUGGAAAAGUUUGAGGAGCGUGAUUUUACUGGCACGCCAUAUGUUCCUGUAUAUGUCAUGUUACCCGUUUACUUCGACUACAUGAGGAGUUUCAGAGUUGAAUUUGAUGAAUUUUUUGAGGAAGGAAUAAUAUCAGAAAUUGAAGUUGGAUUAGGUCCGUGUGGAGAGCUACGGUAUCCUUCUUAUCCUGAACAGCAUGGUUGGAAAUAUCCUGGUAUUGGUGAAUUCCAGUGUUAUGAUCGAUACUUGAUGAAGAAUCUGACGCAGGCUGCAGAAGCAAGGGGCCACUCCUUCUGGGCCAGAGUACCAGACAAUGCAGGCUCUUAUAAUUCCCAACCACAUGAGACAGGGUUUUUCCGUGACGGAGGUGAUUAUGAUAGCUACUAUGGCGGAUUCUUUCUUAAUUGGUACUCCCGUGUUUUGAUUGAUCAUGGUGACCGUGUACUUGCUCUGGCCAAUUUAGCUUUUGAAGGCACACGCAUUGCUACAAAGGUAUCAGGUAUCCACUGGUGGUACAAGACUGCCAGCCAUCCUGCUGAAUUAACCGCUGGAUUUUACAACUCCUGCAAUCGUGAUGGGUAUGCGCCAAUUUCUGCAAUGUUAAAAAAGCAUGAGGCUGCUCUGAAUUUCACAUGUGUUGAAAUGCGCACAUUAGACCAACAUGAGGGCUUUCCGGAAGCACUGGCAGACCCCGAGGGAUUAGUUUGGCAGGUGCUGAAUGCUGCAUGGGAUGCUAACAUUCCAGUUGCUAGUGAGAAUACUCUUACUUGCUUUGACAGAGAAGGCUACAACAAGAUAUUAGAAAAUGCUAAGCCCUGGAACGAUCCAGAUGGCAGGCAUUUAUCGGCAUUUACCUAUCUCAGAUUAAGCCCAGUUCUCAUUGAGAAGCAUAACUUAACGGAGUUCGAACGAUUUGUCAAGAGAAUGCAUGGAGAAGCCGCUCCUGAUGUUUAGAUCAACUCAAAUAGACAGCACACCGGUUUCAGGGGACGGACGAGGGGCUUGCUGCUUCGGAGAGAGAUUAAUAAAAACUUCGACUCGUCUGUGUGUGCAAAUCUACAUAUAGGAAUAAUAAAAAAAAGUUUUCUAGCAUUCUACAGGUUUGGUGUAUUAACUGAUAAAACUAUGGUUACAAACUUGUAACCGAUGAUGGUAAUUUAUAAGAUAUUUCCAUUCCAAAU